AGGACAAUCGAGUGAAGCCUUCGCUCCUCUCAACUGCACUAUUUUUGUUUAUGUUUUGGUUUGGAACUUUGGAAUCAGCCAACGCAUUCGAGUUGGACACUACUUAACCAAUUUUAGAGAACGAGUUUUUCUACCUGGGGAGCUCGGAGAAAAAGAACCGAGAUGAUCAUCUUAAUGUGACAUGUAUUUUUUUCGGAAAAGAGAAAAAUACAUGUCAAUUUUGAGAUAAGUAAACUCUGUACAUGUGAAAUCCGGCUUUUUUAACCUCUGCUCAGCACAUCUCGUGGACUAUGAGCUCAGCAAGUACCAAUAACACCGUUAAAAUAUUAAACAAAAUUAACCACCUAAAUUAUCUCCCAGUACCGCUUUUACUUUCCUGAUUCCUGAGAAUGCUUUGACAAUUCGAGUCAACUGGCUGGUUUAAUUGAAAAUUUAAAUUUGAUGCAGAGAAUUUGAAUUUGAAAUAAUAUAAUAUGUUCUAUACAUGCGGCUUAUCGUCACUGCUUAUUCGCUUCUUUCAUACAAAAUAUCAAACUACGAGCAACACUAGUAGAAAUUAAUUUAAAUUAAAUUUUUUACACAGAGGAUGGCAAGUGGAGGGAAGGCGAAGGCACGGCCCUUGCUGCUUGUGAGGGAAUGCGUACACAUACACACGCAUUCCCUCACACUGCUGCUGCUCUUGAUUUGCCUUCAGAUCUUCACGUGUUCCUGCUCCUCCCUCGAUUUUCAACAGAGGGGACUCAACAGCUGGGAAAUUCUGAUCGGAGCUAAUGAAAAUGAAUUCCUGUACGACUUCUGCCGUUACGAUGCAACAGAAAACAUCGAACGGUGCAAGAAUAAGCCACAAGCGACGGUUGCCAUGAAAUCAACAUGCAAUUGCAGCGUUAAUUACGCUGCAAACGUAGAGGAGGGUUUUGCAUUCUUCACCGUCAACUGCAACAAUCAAACAGUUGACGGCUUGAUUGGUGGCUGCCCACAAAAACUGACCAUCACUUACGAGCACGGAGACGCAAGCGCGGAAGUGCAAGAUGAAAGCAACAUCUGGAUGUUGUUUUUUCUCCUGUCACUCGUGAUCAACGUGAUCCUUCUUGCUGUCACAUUGUUCAUGAUCAGAAGCCAAGUGUCAUCUCUGUUCAGGGAGAAAUGGGAGCAGUUGAUCAAUUUCAUUGCAUCCAAGCAAACUGGCAAUCGUGAAAAUGCGUAGUAUAAUAAUUUCAACAAUUCAUUUUACUUUUUGUGUCAGCAGUUUAUCAUGAAAUUUGAAUAAUGGUACAAACACAUGGAAUCAUCACUUUAAGCCUCUAAGCUUUCAAUAGUUUGAAUGGGCCCGCUGUCCAAAGUCUGAUUUUAUUAUUUAAUGUAAUUCAAUUAACGUUCAUCAAAGCUACGAUAGGUCUUCUGGCGCGAUAAAAUUCAGGCCAAAAGCGCGCGUUACUGGCCACCGAUCUCUAUAUUUGCUCAAAUAAAUUUAAAUGUAUGAACGUUUUCUACCUAAAUUAAAAGUGGAUAAUGACGGAAAAUAAACUGCGAUUACAUCUGCAGGAAUGGCUGAGAGAAAAAAAGAUCUGAUUUGCAACAAUGCACGGCAGCCAGAGAUGAGAUUUGUGUGAUGAACGCUAAUAAUGCCAUUAAUAGAGACCAAAUAAAAUGCUACAAUAUUUUUGUAUA